AUGGACUAUGACUAUGAUAGUUCAGACUUACAGUAUGAUGAUCAUAAACAAAAUAGUAACUCUAAACUUGAUACAAGUUUUAGAUUGUUUAGGACAGGUACAAUGUCAUUAUUUAACAAUGUGGUAAUAGUUGAUUUCACAUAUACACCAACAUCAAUUUACUCUUGUCAAUAUACAAUCAUAGAUUUAAAUUAUAAAGUUUUAGAAACUCAAAAUAUUUUAUUCUCAAAAAGUACAAAUGAACCAUUCAAUGAUAAAAUGGAUCAAAUUAAUAAAAUGAUUUGUGAUUCAAUUGACAAAUUAAGUGGAAGGGUUUUAGUACUUUCACCACAAUCUGUUAAUAUCCCUUUAUUAAAUUUACCAAUGUCAGUUCGUAUAUUUGAUUUUCAACAAAUUGCAAAAAAAAAGAAAAUACCAUUAAAAUCAUUUGAUCAAUUUAAAGAUUAUUAUAAAAAUAAAAAACUUAAUGUUGAUUUUAAAUUUACAAUUUUAUCAUUAUUUGUGGAUCUUACAAAAAAUUUUAUUAAAAGUGAUUUUAAGUUUCCAUCCUUUAAACCAAUUUUAAUCGAUAUUAAAAGGGAAGGGUCCCUUGAAGGGUUCUUUGGACACUACAUUUUUACAAAUAUUGAAAUACCAAUUGCAAUAAAGAAUUUAAUCAACGGAUAUAGAGAUCAUCUUAGAGAGAAUAAAUUACUAUUAACACAACCAGAACUAGAAAUAAUAGACCAACAACAAGAAGAACAUCAACAACUACAACAACAAUUACAACAACAACAACAACAAUUACAACAACCACAACAAAAAUCAGAAGUACAACAAAAAUCUAUUGUUGAAAAUGAAGAAAAUCCACCAAGUGAAAUGGAAUCAUCAAUAUCAGCUCCUCCACCUAGAAGAAUUACACCAAAUGAACUUUUAGAUAAAAAAAAAAGAAUUUUAUUCUUAAAAAAUUUAAAAAAAUCACUUUUAUUGAAAAAGCAUCAACUUAAUCACAUCUCAAACCCUGAUGCUGAAAAUGAUUUUAGUGAAAUUGGUGAAACUACCCCAAAGAAAAUAAAAGUAUUAAAUCUUGAAAAAGAUAACAAUAAUAAUAAUAAUAACGAUAAAGAUAAUAUAUAUUUAGAAAAGGAUGAUUCGCCAACUAAAGAAAAUAAUAGUAACAUUGCCACUACCACCAACACCAAUCCCAAUACCAACACCAACACCAAUAUCAACACCACCACUGCCAAUAAUAAUGAAAUAGCAAAUACCGACAAUAAUGUAAAUAAUGUUAAUCAAGUAACUGAUCAAGGUGAUAUCAAAUACCAUCACCAAGAAUUAAUUAGACAAUUAACUAAACUAAUUAGAUUUGAACAAAAAUCUUUAAAAACUGAUAGCAAUAAUAAUAAUGAUAAUAAUGAUAACAUUGAUGAUAAUAACAAUAAUAUUAAUAAAAUCAGCCCAACUCCCCUCAGUACUUCCAUCAAUGAUAUUAAUAAUAAAAACAAUACUACUAAUAUUACUAGCUCAAUUCCACCCAAUAGUACUAAUAAUAAUAAUAAUAAUAAUAUGAACACAAUUCCACUUGGCACUACCAAUAAUGAUAAUAUUAUCACAAUUCCUCUCGAUACUACCAAUAAUAAUAAUAAUAAUAAUAAUAAUUUAAAUCAAAUUAACCAAAAUGAAUUUAAUCAUAAUAUUUUAUUACAAGUUCAAACCAUUUUAGAUAAAACCAUUUUAAAUCAACAAUACUUUUUAAAUGAAAUUAAUAACUUAUCUAAAAGGUUUGAUAAUAUGCAAAUUCAAUUCGACUCAAUAUAUAGCAAAAUAAAAUCAAAUAAUAAUAAUAAUAGUAUUGUUAAUAAUGGUAAUAAUAAUAAUAAUGGUAAUAAUAAUAACUCAAUAAUUGAUAUUCAGAAAAAACAAAAAGAAUUAUUAGAAAAACAAAAUAGAAUUUUAGUUUUAAAGAAUGAAUUACAAAAAUUAGAAUCUCAACAAGAACAAGUUAAACUUGAAAAUGAUAAAGAUAAAAUUAGAGAUUCAAAAGAGAGAUAUAAAUUCACAGGAAAUAAAUAUCCAAAAAAAAUUAGUAAUAAUAAUAGUAGCAGUAGUAGUAGUAGUAGUAGUAGUAGUAAUAACAUUAUUAAUAAUAAUAACCAUCAAAUUGAUCCAUACAAUACCUAUCAACAAAAACAAAAAACAUCAUUACAAAGAAGACCACCAUUCAAUAAACCAAAUACCUCAAAUGUCUUUAUUAAAACUAAAUUUAGACCAAUAAAUCAUAGUGUUAGUGCUUUACCUCAAAAAAAUACAAUCAUGUCUAGUUUCAGAAACUUUUUGAAAUCUUUUAAAAAAUAA